AUGACUACCGACAGCACAACUCAGCUCGAUGAUGCACCGCCUCCAAGCUAUGAUGCAACCAUACAUCACAAUAUCGAUGAGCCGCAACAGCGUCAACAGGUAUUCUACCUCACGUUUCUGCCCAAAACACCUCUCCCGACUCAUCCCACCACCUUCCACCUUACCGGCGACUCCCGCUCCCCAGACCUCAUCCUGACCCACCCAAGUCACCCCUCCAACCCCCUAGCGACCAUCUCGACAGACAGCAGCCUCGUCUACCACCACAGCCACAUCACCGACCACCGGCCCGGCGGCGUGAUGCACAUCCUCCGCCGCCACAAUCCCCCAGGCGCCAACUCCAACGAAUUCUGCUACACCAUCACCACGCACGGCAACCAAGGCACCAAACUCCUCGAAAUUACCACCACGCCUACCUUGCUGAGCGCCAGCUCUACCCGCUUGAUCUUCCGCCGCUCCGACAAUGGCGAGCUAGAUGCUCUUCGCCUGAAAAUAUUCCUCACAGGUGGCGGAGCAAACCUACAGCAACUGGACAUGCGGGUUGAGUACCAGGGCUCACCCGUGGGCACAAUCACCUUAAUUUCCAAGCCCGAGAAGCCAGUCUACCAGCUAGACAUUACGCAGCCGGGCAUCGAGCCCGUCCUGUUCGCGAUCCUCGCGACUGUGGUUGACGACCGGCUGAUGACUACGAAACGUCGCUCGAGACAGCACUGGUCGGCUGGUGUGCCCGGGAUCGGGAAGGGGCCUGGAGCGGGCUUGGCUGGAGCUUUCGCUCUUUCUUGA